AUGUUCAUGCCCCAAGCGCAGCCUCAUCUCUCCCGCUCUCAUGGCCCUCCCGGCACUGCGCGCCGCGCGCGCGUUGGUGACAAAGAGAAUGCGGGUGCACUCCCCUCCAAAACCCCAUCUCGUGCGCCUCUGGGCAAGGCUGGGCCUUCCGGCCGCGCGCUAGGCGCACGCACCGUCGAUCGCAACGUGCAGACGCAGAAGCCGUCCGAGGAGAUCGCGCCGAAGCGAUUGUUUCAGAACGACGAGAAGAAGAGCCAGAAAGCGCCGCUGCGCCUCAAGACGCCCGGCCCACGCAUGAAGACCCCCGGGCCGCGGGCACAUAUGCGCACCCCCGCCCCGCAGAUCUACCAUGACGAGCCGACGCCCGCGCCCCUCCCAUCGGCGCAGCGCACGCGACGCCGCUCACGCGCGAGUCUGCAGAGCCCGCCAGAGGACGCCGACAUGUCCCUCGACUCAAUCCUCGAAGUCGCAGUCGAGGUGGUACCUGAGUUGGCCGAAGAGGACGACUAUGAGCUAGAGUAUGCGCCGCCCACGGCGAUCGACAGGCCGUACGUUCCCGAGUGGGCGGAGAGUAUCCCAGACCCAGUGGAGACGAUGGCGACACUGGCACAAAUCCGGCCGAUGAGCCUCCGCACCCCACCUUCCCCCGUACGCGACAGUUUCCACGUAUCCGACAUUCCCACAAUCUCACUCUGUCCAGACGACGACCUCAACCACCCUCUCCUCCGAACGCGCAACAAGAUGGCCACUCAGCAGAGCAAGGCCAAGGCUGUCUCGGCGCGUCCUCUUGUUCGGCCCUCGGGCAUUUCAGCGCCGAGCAACGCAGCAAGCAGAUCAGCAACUAGUUCGGCACUUCGCGCCACCGCGGCAACGGCCCGCCCUGCGACUGCAACUGGCGGCAUCCGGUCCACGGCUGCGUCGGCGGCGCGCAUCCGGUCAUCAGCAUCGGUGGCCGCCCCCAAGCGUCCAGUCUCUGCCACUGCUGCUGCGACGGCGGGUGCUUCAGUCCGCCCAGCAUCCAGCUCCAGUGCCGCCCGGACGACAUCCGGUGCUGGCCCCAUCCGCACGGCGUCGAGCGCCGCUCCUCGCACCACCUCGGCGGCUCCUAUCCGCCCUGUAUCAUCCCAGACGACUGCCAGCCGCUCCGUGCGGCCCGCUACCUCCGCCGAGGUGCGUACGGCCCUUCGCAUCAACGGCACCGCCAGUGCCAGUGGCAUCGCUCGCCCAACGGCUUCGCGGUUCACCCGCCUUCCUCCGCGCAUCGGUAAGGUGGUCAAGGCUCCUCCGCGCCCAGCUUCGCCAGGGCCCGUGAUGCCCGCAGCGGAGAACGACCUGCUGGACCUCGAUCCUAGCGUACUGGACGAGAAGGACGCUGCGGCCAAGGUGGUCGAGGAGGUCGAUGAGCCCUCGCAGGCUCAGGCUGAGAAGGUGCCAACCCCCAUGCCCGUGCCGCAGGAGGAGAAAGGCGAGUCGAUCGUCGCCCCCACCGUCCCCGAGCUGGCUCCUCGCACCCGCGCGGUCGUCUCCCCCGCGCCCGCUUCGCCCUGCCUUACACUAUCCCCCGCAACCUCUCACCCCCUCGCACUCACCCCUACGCCACCCAUGUCGCCGCUCAUGUCCCCGCGGCUCGCUACCAGCCCGUUCCGUGACGACGUGUUUGAUUUCGCCGCCCUCACGGCCGCCUUGCCCUCGAUCGGGACCUCGACGCCCGAGGAACACAUCGAGAUGUCGCCGCUUGCCGAGCCGACCGAAUUCGUCCCUACCCCGCCCGGCGGCCAGCCCGAUCUCCUCGUGAUCACGUUCGCGAACCGCCGCCUCGCGCGUAUCUCGGAACGCACAGAAGUUGACUCGAGCUUCGACGACUCGUUCCACACGAGCUUUGACGCUUCGUUCGACGGUGCCGACGCCACCGGUUAG